UCGCGACCACUGAACAACAGCACGAGAACAUGAGUGGGUCCGGAGAAGUGGCUCCUGCGUGCUGACGCGCCUCGCUCGUUUCCUCACCCGCGGCCCUCCACGCUCACACUGUGGCCGCCCCGCGCGCUCAGCGCCGCUCUGAAACCUCGGAAGGACCGGGAGCCAGCGGCGCGCGGCCGCUCCACGUCUGCUCCGCCGUGGCAGCAAUGAUGCUCGCGCUCACCUUCACCUGCCGCGCGCUGCUCCUCUUCCUGCUCUCGGAGUCGGUUCAGACCGACAGGACGGCGCCUUUCCUGAUCACAGAGAACAUGUGGCCUCGUGGUUGUGUCCUGGACUGCCAGAGGGGGCGCCACAGAGCUGUGUGCGGCAGCAAUGGCAGGCUGUAUAAAUCGCUGUGUGCCUUUCAGAGGGCGCAGUGCAUCAACACACAGCUCCGCCUCGCCCCACGAGCACACUGCACAGAUCCGUUGCAGACAAAAUGCCAGCUGGCCCGAAGUCAGGGCCUCGAGGCCAGAGCCUGGAGUGGCGGCAGCCACGUAAGUCCUGCAUCUGCCAGUUUUGUGCCAGAGUGCAGUCCUGAAGGUCACUUCAUGCCCACGCAGUGCCACAACCAGACCGGAUAUUGCUGGUGCUCCACGCCCGACGGCAAACCUGUCAGUGGUACCAUGGUCCUCCAUGUGGUCCCACACUGCACUGAUCACCUCACCAAGCUGGUUCAGAUCACAGAUACAGACUCAGCUCCAAUCAAAGAUGGAGAUGGUGCACCUGGACCUACGCUGGACCUUAGAAAACCUGCAGAGCUGACGGCUCCUCCAUUCUGGGUGAACAUCCUGAUAAACUCUGAUCCCAAAGGAAACUGCUCACGGAGACGACCUGCUGACAGUCCUCAGACUUGUCAGCGUGAGCGAGCAUCUGUGCUCUGUCAGACUCAGGAGGAGGAGCGUUUCAUCCCAGAAUGCACUGCAGAUGGUCGUUACAGCCCCGUGCAGUGCCACACUGCUACAGGUUAUUGCUGGUGUGUCAGAGUGGACAGUGGCAGGCCGCUACCAGGCACCUCAGCACGGAAUCGCAUCCCAGACUGCACUGGGGCAGAGGAGGCAUCCCUGGAGAAACCUCUUCCUGGCUGUCCCGGAGCUCAUAAGAAGUUGUUCCUUCAGAGUCUGGUCAGAGCUCUGCAGCUGGAAGCACAGCAUGCUGGGAGUCCCUACCACAGAGUCACAAACACAGAUCCUUCCAAUGCGCCCUCGCGAACUUCAAAUCCUCCGCCCUCUGUUGCUCCUUCUUUAUCUUCUUCCUCCUCCUUAUCUCUGGAAAAUGCCCCCACUGCUGCUCCAGAGGUUGAAGAGUCGUACAGGCCAGAGGUGGCGCUGCGGUGGCACUUUAGUCAGCUGGAUGUGGACUCCAAUGGGUGGCUCAGUGAGCGUGAGGCUCGACCCCUCCGUCAGUUCCUGCGACGCAGGCUGAAGCCGCGACGCUGCGCUAAGAAGUUUGCCCAGUACUGUGACAGGGAUGGAGACCGGAGCCUGACGUUAGAGGAGCUGAGGGUAUGCCUGGCUCUCUGAGAGUCAAAGUCGGUGAGAGCAACAAGACAAAUCAGCUGCCGUCAAAAGCCAGCUCAUUUCCUCUCCGAUCUCCCAGCUUCUAUUUAUUCAUCCAUAAAAACAUGAACAUUUUAUUGCCGACGAUGAUUAAAAGACAAAAUAUGAAUGCUAUCAAUUGUCCUUACAGCCAGGAGCAAUAAUUUUUCCUGUCUUUGUGGUGCAGCUCUGGUAGACCACACCGUGAUAUAAUCUAAUAUGGUAUGUAUAUGGUACAUGAUAUGUGGUAACUCCAAUUCAGCAUCAGUUAAAAAUGAUUGGAAUUUGUUUAAAAACUAAAACUCUUUGAUGUUUGCUUCCCCCUGAUUAACCAUUUCCUUCACUUUCCUCCUUUUGUGAAUUUACAAGGCUUUUCCUGCACCUGUAUGUCAAACUCACUUUAGUGAUUAAGUCAACUUAAUAUCAUUACAAAGAAGUGCUAUCAGCAUUAGGGUUGGGCAGUCUGACCCCCCAUGUGGUCACCAAUAACAAUAUGAUCACUGUGGGGGUGGAUCCAGGAGAAGGUUUUAAUGUGCACCCUCUGUUUUACUGACUCACUCAUUCUGUUUCUGUCUGUGUGAAAAGGCUCUCCUCCACUCUUCACGGUGCCCUCCUCCCACACAGCGAGUCUGGCAAUGACACACACACACAGACACACACCAUGCAACAAAAAGUUGAGAUAAACAAGUGUCUCUGCAAAUGCACAGUUACAUUAAACUUCCAUCCAUCCAUCCAUUGUCUUCCACUUAGACUUUCCAGGGUCACUGGGGGGCUGGGGCCUAUCCCAGCUGCCAUAAGGUAAUAGGCAGGGUCCACCCUGGACAGGUUGUCAGCUUGUCACAGGGCUAACACAGAGAGACUGACAACCAUUCACACUCACAUUCACACCCAGUUUAGAAUCACCAGUUAACCUAACCUCAGUAACUGCAUGACUUUAGACUGUGGGAGGAAACUGGCGUACCUGGAGGAAGCUUACGCAGACACAGGGAGAACAUGCAGACUCCACACAAAAAGGCCCGGGUCUUUGUGAGGCAACAUCAAUUUAAAAUUCAAACAGGAAUCCCAAAAUGAAACCAUGACAGGGCAAAUUUUAUUUAAUAUGAAUCUCAUAGUAAUGAUAUUAUUGAUUAAAUGGGGAAAUAAGCUAAAAAAAACCACCUUGACUGGCGAGCUAUCGGUGAUCACUUUGACCAUCAUCCAUCAGCACAUCCCCCUCUGUUGUAAGCCAGUGAACCACAUCAGCACAGCCCCUUGGCUUACCUUGCUCUGGUGCAGCAUUGCAGGCUACAGGUGCGAUCUCUGUCAAUAAGAUGGAUGUAAAACUGAUGACUCAAGGCUGUGGUUCAGAUAAAAUCAGCUGCUCAGACAACCACUCUAAUGAGCUGAUCCAUUCUCAGCGUCUUGCAGCUUAAUGAUUCCUGAGCACACAACACAGUGGAAAGUGUCUUCUUCUAUGUUCCUGCCCUGCAGAGCCAUCCAGGGGUUCAGGUUGGCUCCUUAUUGGCUGGAGUUUUGCUCACGAUUCCUCACCAACAAUAACAACAGUGACUCCUCCUUAAAUUGAUUCAGCUUCUGGUUUCCUCUUUGUCCUUUCAUUAAUCUCUUAUCUCACACUUUUGGGGACUUUCCCUUUCCAAAUCUACCUCUGACCUUUAAUCCCUUCUUCCUUUUUUUUUUUUUCAUUGUACA